GGAGGAGCCCUUGGCCCAGAAAGGGGUUCGAGCUUUUGGACAGGGAAUACCAGGUCUAAGUACUAAGUGUGACCUGAGUGCAAGCCCCCAGGCCCCCAGGCCCCUUGCCCAGAUUGGGGGUGGAGACUGUACCAGCCCCUCAGGACUCAGGCCAGGCUGAUUAUGAUGCCUCAGAGCCCCCUGCUGGGACGCCACUGCCUUGGGAGCCCUUUCCAGCCACCCCCACUCCCAGUCCUAGUCCCAGUCCCCAGUUCCCCCCCUUCCCCGCCUCGUCCUCACUGCAGGAGCUUAUCUAGCACAAGGGACUAGGGUCCUCCUGGGAGCUAGCUGACCUGCUCCCUGACUGCUGCCCUCUGGACUCUGCAGUUCCAAGCUCCGAGAUCCACCUCAAUAGGGGCCUCCGGAACCACGGAGCCCCCAGAUGUGCCCUCAUUAUCCCACUUCUGCUAAUCAUGGUGGGACGCGGCAGGGGGCCAGCAGGAAGACCAAGAAGAAGGAAGGGGGAGGCCUCCGGGCCCAGAGAGCAUCCUCCAACGUCUUCUCCAACUUUGAGCAGACCCAGAUCCAGGAGUUCAAGGAGGCAUUCACACUAAUGGAUCAGAAUCGAGAUGGCUUCAUUGACAAGGAGGACCUGAAGGACACCUAUGCCUCCCUGGGCAAAACCAACGUCAAGGAUGAAGAGCUGGAUGCCAUGCUCAAGGAGGCCUCGGGGCCCAUCAACUUCACCAUGUUCCUGAACAUGUUUGGGGCAAAGCUGACAGGUACGGAUGCUGAGGAGACCAUCCUAAAUGCCUUCAAGAUGCUGGAUCCCGAAGGCAAAGGCAGCGUCAACAAGGACUACAUCAAGCGGCUGUUGAUGUCGCAGGCAGACAAGAUGACCGCUGAAGAGGUUGACCAGAUGUUCCAGUUUGCCACCAUCGAUGCUGCAGGCAACCUGGACUACAAGGCGCUGAGCUACGUGCUCACUCACGGGGAGGAGAAGGAGGAGUGAGGGGCACCUCCCCACCACCCCACCCCCGGGCUGCAGCCAGUUCAAUAAACAUGCACCCACAAA